UCCAGCGUGACGCACAUGUAAAUGCAAUUAUGCUCGACUUGAUACAGGGACGCGGCCGCAAGGUAUUCGCCUCCCGCGACGCAGUCAUCUACUUAUUCAAUAGCUUCAAAUAUUUGGGCAAUAAUCCACCCGACAAAUAUCGGAUACCAUAUUACUGCUACUCAAUCGUAGCCCUCUUCGUUGUACUUUUAUCGCCGGUGUUUUGUAAUGUUGGUUGGCUGCGCGAUCGAAAUAAGCUCUCCAUUACGGAAGUAUUAACCUGCGUACAAGCCUCAUUAAAUGUCAUAGGUAUACCGAUUAAAUGUACCGCUUUAGCCAUGGCGCAAAAAAAUCUGCGUAGCAUUGAACCCAUAUUGUCGAAACUCGAUGAACGUUACACACGACCAGAGGAGAGGGUUAAGAUACGUAAAUGUGCCAUAACGGGUAAUCGACUUGUAUUCGGUUUUGGAUUUUCUUACGGCCUAUAUGGAAGUUUGACGAUCGUCGCUGCACUGGUUGGUGGACAUGCGCCAUUAACGCUUUGGCUACCGAAUGUGGAUUGGCAUAGAUCUGUUUGGGAGUACUGGCUACAAGCUAGCUUUGAUACACUCAUGCUUUUAUAUUUACUAUAUCAUCAAGUUUUAAACGACUCAUAUCCGGCUGUUUAUAUUUACAUUAUACGCACGCAAAUACAACUUUUGGCAAAUCGCAUCGCACGUUUGGGUUAUGAUGAGAAGAAAAGUGCGGAUGAUAAUUACAAUGAGCUUUUGGAAUGUAUUGUUAUGCAUCAGGAAAUACUAGGAAUUGCCGGCAUCGUUGGAGAUGUUAUAUCCGUGACUGUAUUUACUCAGUUUUUUCUAGCCGCGGCCAUACUUGGCGUCACUAUGAUUAACAUUGUCAUUUUUGCUGAUCUGUCCACCAAGAUUGCUUCAGUCACCUACUAUUUGGGUGUACUGCUGCAAACUUCGGCGACAUGUUAUCACGCGUCGUUUUUACUGGAUGAUUGUGAUGACCUGUGCCAAGCCAUUUUCAAUUGCAAUUGGUUUACACAAAAUAAGCGCUUCAAUAAUUUGUUGAUAUAUUUUUUACAUCGCUCUCAAUAUUCGAUUCGCUUUUUCGGCAUGAAAUUGGUGCCGAUUAAUUUGGCUACUAAUUUGUCGGUCGCUAAAUUUUCUUUUACACUUUAUACAUUCAUACAAAAAAUGGGUCUUGGAGAGGACUUGAAGGGCUAAAACUAUGUGGCUGAAGUAAGGGAAAUUAAGGCAUAUUCACUUUAUUUACAUCGUAGUGAUCAUUUUAUUCGCACGCUUUUUAAAAAAUAAAUAUAUAAAUUAAUAAAAGCACUUAAUAGCUUCGGCA